AUGGCUUUUAUGGUAAAGCACAUGGUUGGGGGGCAGCUGAAGAACCUAACCAGCGGUUUGGGAGAAGAAAAAUCCGAGGGUGAAAAAUCAGAGGCGGCUGCAAAAGGCAUGACUCAAGAGGAGUUUGAACAAUAUCAACAGCAGUUAGAGGAAGAGAAACGAGAGCGCGAUGCCAGCUUUGCCCAGCGGAAGGCUGAGCGUGCUACAGUCAGAACCCAUUUCAGAGAUAAAUACAGACUGCCGAAGAAUGAGUUGGAUGAGACACAGAUCCAGGCAGCAGGGGACGAUGUGGAACUGCCGACUGAACUGGCCAAGAUGAUCGCUGAAGACAACCAGGAGGAAGCCCACAAACAGUCAGUGUUGGGCCAGCUGUCCAAUAUCCAGAAUGUGGAUAUAGACCAUCUGAAAGACAAGGCCCAGGCCACUCUGGGCGACCUCAAACAGUCUGCUGAAAAGUGCUCUCUCAUGUGA